CUCAAGUAAAAGAAAGAAAGAAAAAAAACAGAGUAAGCAAGUACACUAGCAGAGGUAGAGCCAGCCAUCCAAAGUUGAACAUGGAUUCAUCAUCAAUCUUCAACUCAUCAAAUUCCGAUUUCUCUUCUGAAUCUUCCUCCUUCGGUUCGCCGGAGCAGUUCUCGUGUAACUUCAACGAGAACGAUUACCUUCCCUUCAACGAGAACGACCCUGAGGAGAUGCUUCUCUAUGGCAUGAUUGCAGACGCCAACAACCACCACCACCACCACCACCUCCAGCAACCCUUUAACACUGGCAAGAGUGUGAAGGAAGAGGAGGUUAGUUCUGAAGAAAACGGCGGCGCCAUGAAGGAGGAGAAGUCGUACAGAGGCGUGAGGAAGAGGCCAUGGGGGAAGUUUGCGGCUGAGAUAAGGGAUUCGACUAGGCAUGGGAUGAGGGUAUGGUUGGGAACAUUUGAUAGUGCUGAAGCUGCAGCUUUGGCUUAUGAUCAAGCUGCUUUUUCCAUGAGGGGUUCUUCUGCUAUACUUAACUUCCCUGUUGAGAUUGUAAGGGAAUCGCUUAGGGAGAUGAAUUAUGGUUCUGAAGAUGGGUGUUCCCCUGUUGUUGCUUUGAAGAGAAAGCACUCCUUGAAGAGGAAAAUUGGUGUCAAGAAGAAUAAAGAAAAAGUUGUUAGUAAUAAAAGGGUCGAUGAUGACAAUGACAAUGCUGUCGUGUUUGAAGAUCUAGGUGCUGAUUACUUGGAACAAUUGUUGAUCUCCUCUGAUGAAAUUCCUCGUUCUUGGUGAAUUGAAAAACACAAAAAUUUCAAUCCACAGUUUUAGGCUAGCUUCUAUAUAUUAGUGUUAAUUCCCUUUGUUCUUUUGUUCUUGUAUUUUAUUUUAUUUUUUUCACUUUUUUU